CAGAUGACAGAAGGGCGACACUGCCAGGUACACCUUCUGGAUGACAGGAAGCUAGAGCUGCUGGUUCAGCCUAAGCUUUUGUCACGGGAAUUGUUGGACCUGGUAGCUUCACAUUUCAAUCUCAAAGAAAAAGAAUAUUUUGGAAUAACAUUCAUAGAUGACACAGGUCAGAAUAUUUGGCUACAGUUAGACCACAGAGUUCUGGAUCAUGAUUUGCCCAAGAAGCCAGGUCCAGCAACUUUAUUUUUUGCAGUCAGGUUUUAUAUUGAAAGCAUUUCCUUUCUGAAGGACAAGACCACAGUAGAACUCUUUUUUCUGAAUGCGAAAUCCUGUGUACAUAAGGGGCAUAUUGAGGUGGAAAGUGAGACAGUCUUCAGAUUACUAGCUUUGAUUUUACAGGAAGCUAAAGGAGACUACUCCAGUGAUGAAAAUGCUAGAAAAGAUCUGAAGAACUUGCCUGCUUUUCCUACCAAGACUCUGAAGGAACAUCCCUCGAUUGCUUAUUGUGAGGACAGAGUUAUUGAACAUUACAUAAAAAAUAAGGGGCUGACCAGAGGACAAGCAAUUGUUCGGUACAUGAAAGUGGUUGAAGCACUGCCUACUUAUGGAGUCCAUUAUUAUGGAGUAAAGGAUAAACAAGGAAUUCCCUGGUGGCUUGGGAUCAGUUAUAAAGGAAUUGGCCAGUACGAUUUACAAGACAAAGUCAAGCCCAGAAAAUUAUUUCAAUGGAAACAGCUGGAGAACCUCUAUUUCCGUGAGAAGAAGUUUGCUGUUGAGGUUCAUGAUCCUCGUAGAAUUUCAGUGUCAAGAAGGACUUUUGGACAAAGUGGCCUCGUAGUGCAAACGUGGUAUGCGAACACUUCUCUGAUCAAAUCCAUCUGGGUUAUGGCAAUCAGUCAACACCAGUUUUACCUGGACAGAAAGCAAAGCAAAGCAAAAAUCCCCACUGCUAGAAGCUUGGAUGAUAUUGCAAUGGACCUGACGGAGAUGGGAACACCAAAGGUUUCGAAGCUAGCUGCCUUGGAGACAAAGAAUCAACUCAUUAUGGCUAGCAAUGGUAGCUUAAUAUCUUCAGGUUCUCAGGAUUUAGAGGUCAGUGAAGAACAGAAGAAAGAGAAAAUCUUGGAGCUGAGAAAGAAGGAAAAGCUUUUGCAGGAGAAACUUCUGCAGAAGGUCGAGGAGCUGAAAAAGAUCUGCCUGCGGGAGGCGGAAAUCACUGGGAAAGUGCCAAAAGAAUAUCCUCUGAACACAGGAGAGAAACCUCCUCAGGUCAGAAGGCGUGUAGGCACAGCGUUCAAAUUGGAUGACAGCCUACUUCCCAGCGAGGAGGAUCCAGCUCUUCAGGAGCUAGAGAGCAACUUUUUCAUACAGCAAAAGCUGGUGGAAGCAGCAAAGAAGCUCGCUGGCGAGCCAGACCUGUGCAAAAAUGUGAAAAAGAAGAGAAAGCACGAUUACACAGAAGCACUGAAAAAGCUGCAAGAGAUUGAAAACUCUAUUAAUGAAUACAGGAUUAAGUGCGGGAAGAAGCCUACACAGAAGUCAACCCUGACCUUACCAGAGGACAUCAUCCCCUCUGAGAGCAGCUCUUUGUCUGACACAACAACAUUUGAAGAUGGCAGUGAUUCCCUUGUUGUACCAGGCAACAGAAUAAACUCUGUUCCAGUUUCUCCAAAAUCAUCAUCACCAAAAUCACUUGGCAUAGAGAGAAUCCAUCUCAGGAAGUCUUCCAUGAAUGAGCAGCUUCUGGACUCCAGACACUCCAGAGAUCUAUUGUCAGCACAUAGUACUCCAUACAAAACAGUGGAGAGACAGCACCAGGGAGGAAGAAGCAUGCCGACAACCCCAGUUCUCACACGCAAUGCAUAUAGUAGCACUCAUUUACGCCCCGAUAAAUCACCCCAGCACUGCAGGCAGCGGAGUGGCAGCUUGGAAUCCCAGACCAACGUACUGUCCGAGACUGCCAAAGAAAAGCCAGUAUUCACCCUUUCAAAAUCCCAAAGGAGCAGCAGUACAGAAAUCCUAGAUGAUGGAUCCUCUUACACCAGCCAGUCCAGUGCAGAAUACUAUUGCGUGAUCCCAAAUCCGAACCCCUGCUACACCACCCAGACCCUUGACAACCGCACAAGAAACAGGAGAAGGUCCAAGAAACAAAGCAUUUCUGCUUCCAAUUCAGGAAGCAUGCCAAACCUCGCCCAGAAGGACAUCCGCAAUGGUGGCUACCAAAAAGGUCCAGGGAACCUAUCAGGCAAUUGCUACAUUACUGGCUACACCCCUUACCCAGAGUGUGAUGUGUACUAUAAUGGUGGCUAUGUGUAUGAGAAUGGCAGAGAGGGCCAGUACACCGUCAACCCUUCCUACCGCUCAUCAGCACAUUAUGGGUAUGAGCGCCGCUACCGGGAGUUCAGGUCUUUCCAUGAAGAGGAGGUGGAGAGAGUUCCACACAAUCCCUAUGCCACCCUGCGCCUGCCACGAAAGCCCUCUGUAAAAGCUGAGCACAUCACCAAAAAUAUUCACAAGGCCUUAGUAGCGGAACAUCUUCGUGGCUGGUACCAGCGUGCCUCUGGGCAGAAAGACCAGAGUCUUGGCCUGCAGGCGGGCUUGGACACUGACCGAGGGUCCCAUAGAAACCUGGGCUUUGCUGGACUGCAGGUGCCAUGUUGUUCAAGCAGUCGCGCAUCUUCUUUCUCUUCAGCGUCUUCUGCAAACACCUCUGGGAACUGGCGGACUCAGAUUCCAUUGGGACUUUCUGAUUAUGAUACGCUGUCUCAAUCCUCAUACACCAGUUGUUAUGGGAACAUGCAUGGCAACCACCCACUGCAGAGCAGGGCAUACACUGAGACAAGCCACUUGGGCAGUGGUGACAGGAACCAGCUGGAAGGUGAUUUGCAAGACAGCGAACAGAGACUGUUUUGGCAUGAGGAUUCAAAGCCUGGGACUUUAGUGUGAAGCUGCCUUCUGCUUCAGAGUUACCCUAUGUGCCUUGCACCUUACGUUGCUCCCAUAAAAACCAGCUUUCUGGUACAAUUCGAGAAUGAGGAUCAUUAUAGAAGGGUCAACAUGUUGUUGAGUGAGAGAAGGCUGCAGAGUCUUUUCCAUGCUAGCACAACAUUCAGAAUCCAAAAUAACCCAGAUGAAGAAGGAAUGUCACAGGUCAUCUGGUUUGAAAUCUUCAGACACAACAUGGAUUAAAAUAUUUUGGAAAGCACUUUUUUUAAUUAAAAAAAAAGUGAUGAUGAGUUGCUGACAUUGCAAGCAUCUAAAAAUGUGAAAAGGACAUUCUUUUGGGAACAAUUUUAGGAGCACAAUUCAGAGAGGAAGAAAGUGGCAAUAUCAGAAUCCCUUCUACUGUCAGUUCUGCUGGAAAAGAGCUUGGGAAAUUAGUUGGUGGCCUGUUAAAGACAGUGUGGCCAGGAGAACAGAGCAGAAGGUUGUCUCGGUGUUGCAGUACGAUUUGAAGGAUAUUUGUAUUUUUUAAACAGUAUAUCGAAUGAGGUUAAAGAUGGUUUUAAGGUGUGCUGUCCGAAACAUGUCUUUUACUCUUUAACAGCAUUUUAAGAGAGGAAAAAAGAAGGAAGUAGGCAUUGCUCAUUGCAGUAGCUGAGCCUACAGAGAGGGGUUUUGGGGGGUUGUUGUUUUUUUCUUUCUGGAAAGCACUAGUGGGCAGAUUCAGACUGAUUCAAAGUCGAUACGAACAUACAAUUUUAUAGUUUUUCAUGCUAGCUUUUUAUUUAAGCAACAAUGCAUUCAGGUUUUAAUGCAGAGUGCACCGGGAUACACUUGAAUCCUUUCAGCCAAGGCUUUUGUGAUGCAAUUGCCGUGCCUCCUUCACGGAGGGUUAAAAGAGAUUGAAUCAACACUGUCUUCCAUUUUCAACCCUUCCACCAUUUCCCACUGCUUCUUUCACCUCUUUUUUUUUAUUCCCCAAAAUAAAAAAUCUCUUCAGGGGGAAAAGAUGGAAUAAGUGUACGGUGUUUUUCAUUUGGAAAGUGUUGAGAUUCCUCCAUCUGAGCAUCCUUAUGUUCAGUCUCCCAUAAGAUACAGAAAGUAUGUCCAGCAAAGUGAAUUCCUGAUGUGGUAAGACAUCCAUUGCAUUAAACAAUUUGAUUCUGUUGGCCAGUAUUAUUCCCUCUUUUAACUUGGAUGCAAAUGCAUGUAACAGUAACACCAAACAGGUGCCUUAAAAUUAAGGGGCAUUAAAAUAGCAAACUACGUGAUCUGAAAAACAAGUGCACUGUCCAGUGCUUGUCCCAGUCAAAGAAGGCAAAGAGCAUGCCCUCUGCUCACUUCUUAAAGGUCCUCUCCCAGUUGUGAUGUUUAGAGCUGUGCUGGUUAUCUGUUGCUCAGAGGGCAGGGAAAAGGGGGAAAAGGAGCACCCAGUUUUAGUCUACGCUUCAGAAUGAGUGGACUUGAGUAUUGACAAUGUGGUCAAUCAUUAGGCAAUUCAGAGGCGUGAUACAUGUGUCCCACCCCCUCCCAUGAUUUUAAAUGAAAGAUUGCUUGUGCAUGUUGAUUGGCUUCUAUAGGCCAGGGCAACAGAAUGAUCUAUAAGCAUGAUCGCACGAUCCAUGAAUAUUGGUUUUGUCACAUACACAAAAAGGCGUGGGGGAAACAGAAAAAGAAACUGUAGGUUUUAUCUAGGAGGGAUCAGCCUACCUCAUAUCACCUACCUGUAGGAACGAAUCAGCAACCGGUUACCUAGUGGAAUUUUGCAACAGCUAAAAAGUCUUUUUUUGUAAGCUACCCUGUGCUUCAGGACAUUAUACAAUGGUGCUGUUGGGGAAUCCUUUUUUUAAAAAAAAUAACAACAUAGGAUAUAUCACUCCUUGUUCAUAUUGUGAAUAGAAAAGUUUCUGGAAAAAGAGUUUUUGGAACUUUUUUUUUACUGAUACUCCAAAGCAUGUAAAAAGAAUUCUAUAAAUAUAUAUAUAUAU